CGGUUCUCCAGUUCAGUCGCUGCUGCUGCCCGGAGAGCGGCGUGUCCAUGGCGUGUGGGGAGACGCGUGGGGACACGGGGGCAGAGGGCACUGCCGCUGCCGGCCCCUUCAGCUUCAGCCCGGAGCCUACGCUCGAGGACAUCCGCCGCCUCCAUGCGGAGUUUGCUGCUGAACGAGACUGGGACCAGUUCCACCAACCUCGGAACCUCCUCCUGGCCUUGGUGGGGGAAGUAGGGGAAUUGGCAGAGCUCUUUCAGUGGAAGCCUGAUGAGGCUGGCCCCCAAGCCUGGCCCCCCAAGGAACGAGCAGCCCUUCAAGAGGAGCUUAGUGAUGUCCUCAUCUACCUGGUAGCAUUAGCAGCCCGCUGCCGUGUGGAUCUGCCCCAAGCAGUGCUCUCCAAGAUGGACACCAACCGGCAACGCUACCCAGCACAUCUGUCCCGCGGCUCUGCCCGCAAGUAUACAGACUUGCCUCACGGGGCCACCUCUGAAGACCAGGCUAUGGGGCCUGCAGACCUUGCCUGUGAGUCUAUGGGCCAGGCCUCAACCUAGAAACAUGGACACCGGACCUGCAACUCAGCAUGGCAUCUGAGGAGCAGACAGUGGCCUGGCCUUGAAACCUUGUUCUAGUCCUUUCCUAACAGAUCAUGGGCCUGGAGGCCCUACUUCCUGAGGUCUGACGCCCAAGAACCUCCAGAAGACAGCCUCCUGGUAUUUUCUCCUUUAAUAAAACUUUUGGCUAGCAACUUCUAGAUUCUUCCUGGGGUGGCCAGGGAGGGUCUGUCUCAGGUGCUGGAGAGGGGCACUGGGAUACCUGAGCCCAACUCCCAUGUUUCUCUAUUGAACCUCCCACCUGCAAGGCAGAGAGAUCCGUUUUCUUUCAAGUUCCCCGCGGGAUCUCAGGCAAAUUGCUUCCCCCUGCUGGGACCUCUAAGGGAGACUGGAGGCUGUAUGUAGUGUUAGAAGCCCAGAUUUUGGAGCCAGGCUAUCUGUGUUCAAAUGCCAUCUUUGAUACUUAUGAGCUGGAUGACAUUCAUCAAAUUAUUUCAUCUUUCUGUGCCUUUAGAUGUGGAAUGAAAAUAAAAUGAAAUCUAAAUGAAACAUCUAAAAUGA